AACAUAAUGUUAUCCUUGAUGUGAGGACUUGCUGGAAUUCUCUGUACAUCAUGGUUGAGCGGUUUGUGGAGCAGUUCCCUGCAAUCCAGGCAGCUUGCCUCGAUCACAGGCUGAGGAAGCCAAUGGAGAGGGACAGACUAGAGCGGCUCACUGACAGUGAUUUUGAGAAGGCAGAGGAAUUCAUGAAAUGCAUGAAAGUCCUGUACACCUCAACCCUCUGCGUGUCAAGUGACAAGUCCCCCACAUGCAGCCAAAUCAUCCCAAUCCUCACAAAGCUGGAGGCACGAUAUUUACCCACAGAUGAUGACAGUAUGUUUGUGGCUGCUAUAAAAGAGAAGGUCUGGGGAGAUCUCGAAAAAAGAUACCAGGAUAAAGAAAUUCAGAACUUCCUUCAGGAGGCCACAUUGAUGGACCCUCGCUUUAAAGGCAAGCUGGGAGUUGGUGUUACAGAAGCUUGGGAUAGGCUUGAGAAAGCAACGAUUGACAGUGUCACGGCAACUCAGCUUCCACUAGAGGACCAUCAUCAGAGUGAGGCAGAAGCAGGUGGUGAUGGUGAUGAUGAGGUGGAGGUGGAGCAAGAGGACACACAUCAAAGAGGAGCUCACAGGAUGUCAGCCUUGGAGCAGUUAUUUGCGGAUGAAGACCGGGAACUUCUCCACACAACUAUGAGCACAAGCAGUGCCCUCUCUAUCACGGAGCAGGUCAAGAAAGAGAUUGAGCUCUACAAAGGCAUGCCAGCAAUCACAUCUGGACAAGACCCUGUGGCUUGGUGGUGGGGUAAGAGGGAUACCCUCCCUAAUUUGUCUGCCUUGUCAGAGGUGUAUUUGUGCGUGCAGGCCUCCUCAACCCCCUCUGAGAGGGUUUUCUCCUGUGCUGGACAUGCAAUUAGCCAGGAAAGAUGCCGUAUAUUGCCAGAAAAGGCCAAUAUGCUGAUAUUCCUGCAGAAGAACUGCAAUUGAAGAAUUGAAGUUAUUUAUAUGUGCAAUAACUGUUUUAUAAUAUUUUGUUCCAUAUUUGUGUUAUA